CUCCAAUUAUUUUGCGUCCAUAAAUGUCUCUUGGACAUGGUCGAGCGACAAGAAACGCAACCUCCAUCUCCAAUAUUGAAGCUGUUACAGCCAUGGUGAUGGCCACAAAGCCACAUGCAGCUCUUUUGGCAAGCCCUGGCAUGGGCCACCUCAUACCUACGGUGGAGCUUGGGAAGCGCCUUCUCACUCACCACGGCUUCGACGUCACCAUCUUUGUCGUCACCACCGAUUCCUCAACCACAACCUCACAAACACUCCAACAAACAUCAAACCUCACCGCCCUCAACAUCGUUGUACUGCCUCCCGUUGAUCUAUCCACAAAACUCGUACUCGAUCCUUCUGUAGGAACCCAGAUUGUGCUUACAAUACUGGAGUCUAUACCCUUACUACGCUCUUUCUUUCUAUCCAUGAAACUUCCACCUUCAGCUCUUAUAGUGGACCUCUUCGGCACAGUAGCUAUUCCCCUCGCACGUGAGCUUGGCAUGUCAACCUACAUCUUCUUAGCCACAAGUGCUUGGUUCUCCGCUGUCACAAUCUACCUUCCAUUCAUGGACAAGGAGAUGGAAGAAAGGCACGCUUACAAGCAUGAACCGCUUUUCAUUCCGGGUUGUGAACCGGUUCGGUUCGAAGACACGCUAGAAUCGUUCUUAUCACCGGACGGCCCCAUGUAUCAGCUGGGUUACCUGCCAGUAGCAAAGGAGGUAGUUUCGGCGGAUGGGAUUCUGAUAAACACGUGGCAAGAUCUGGAGCCUGCAGCCACGAAUGCAGUGAGGAAACAUGAGAUUUUAGGACGGUUUAGUAAUGGACCAGUGUAUCCGGUUGGACCGCUGGUGAGAACCGUUGGGUUGAAACCGAAGCAUGGGGAAGAUCAAGAUGAGGUUUUGUGUUGGCUUGACAAGCAGUCGACUGGGUCAGUGAUUUACGUGUCGUUUGGGAGUGGUGGGACCAUGUCAAAGGGUCAGAUUAGGGAAAUCGCUUUGGGGUUAGAGUUGAGUCAACAAUGGUUUAUUUGGGUUGUGCGCCCGCCAGUUGAGGACGAUGUGAGCGGCGCAUUUUUUGGAUUGGAGAAUAAAAUUACGUCGGUUUACUUGCCGGAGGGGUUUGUAAAGAGGACACAUAAGGCGGGGGUGGUAGUCCCGAUGUGGGCUCCGCAGGCUGAGAUCCUGGAACAUCCCGCCACUGGUGGUUUUGUGACCCACUGUGGUUGGAAUUCCGUGUUGGAGAGUGUGUUGAACGGUGUGCCAAUGGUGGCGUGGCCGCUUUACUCGGAGCAGAAAAUGAAUGCUUUCAUGUUGUCGGAGGAGCUUGGGGUGGCAGUGCGAGUGAAGGAGGCGGAGGAGGAGGGUGGAGUUGUAUGCAAGGAACAAAUAGCGGACUUGGUUAGAAGAGUGAUGGUGGGUGAAGAAGGCUUGGGCAUGAGGGCUAGAGUUAAGGAGCUCAAACUGAGUGGAGACAAAGCUUUGUCAAAGUUUGGGUCUUCCCACGAGUGGCUUUGUCAAAUGACCAAAGACUGCGAACUUCAUCACAAGUUUUCAACGGCAAAAGUGUGAGGUGCGCGCUUAUUAAUUCGGCGAUCAUACGAAUUCACGGAGUUUUGCACUUGAAUCGUUCUUUCUAGAUCUUUAUAAAUCUACAUCUUUCUUCUUA